CCUUCAUUAUCCCCUGCGCCGCGGGAAAACUUCCCCCAACGCCAAGUUUCGUGCUGAAAACCCCCCGGCAAUUUGCCCCGCCCUCUUGCUGCCGCGGUACAGGGACGACCACCAAACCGAGAAGCGGAGGAUCUCUCGUUUGGAUUGAAGUUAGUUGAACUCCAGCCGGCUUCCACAAGCUGCUAAUCCCCUUCCAAUUGCAACUCAGACAGGUUGGGCAAUUUACCCCGUACAGAGACUUGCAUGCGCUGAAGCGAGUUGUAAACCCAGACAUGGACUGCUCUUCUUCUGGACAAGGCAUUUCACCUGAAACUCUCGCUUACAUGGAGCUUGCGCUGGAUCAGGCAAAAGAAGCACUGGAUUCACUUGAAGUGCCAGUUGGUUGUGUGAUUAUUGAAGAUGGGAAAGUUGUUGCAUCUGGAAGAAACAGAACAUCAGAGACUAGAAAUGCUACGAGACAUGCAGAGAUGGAAGCGAUCGACUUCCUUCUCGGGAAGUGGCAAAAGAAUGGACUAUCGAAGCUGGAAGUUGCAGAGAAGUUUUCAAAAUGCAAUCUUUACGUCACUUGCGAACCUUGUAUAAUGUGCGCUGCAGCUCUAUCAAUCCUUGGUAUGAAGGAAGUAUAUUAUGGAUGUGCCAAUGACAAAUUUGGAGGGUGUGGAUCAGUAUUGUCGUUGCAUUCAGGCAACCCGCAAUCACUUACAAGGACACUCUUGUCUCUCUCACUGCACUUAGGACUUGUGCCCUUUAAAUUUUACAGUGGGGAAGUUAGACAAGAAGGAAAAGGUUUCAAAUGUAGCGGGGGAGUAAUGGCAUCAGAAGCAGUCGCUCUUUUCCGGAGUUUCUACGAGCAAGGAAACCCUAAUGGUAUCCCUCUUUCCUUUGCGCCAAAGCCUCACAGGCCCGUUGUUCGACGAGCAACUAGUUAGCUUUGGUCUCCUGGAGCAGCAGCAGCUUUUUUGGUGGAAAGAUCCCAAUGGUGUCUUGGUUGUGAUGAUGACGGUGAAAUUUGGGGGAAGGUGAGUUCGUAUGAUGAUGAUGUUGUUGUUUGUGGUGGCGGUCAAUCUCUUCAAUGGCUUCUGGGUUUUUAUAGUGAUGGUGAAAUUGGGGUAGGGGCGAGUUCGGACGAUGAUGUCUUAUUAAACUUUGCCAAGCAAUGAAACAAAUUUUAAUGGAGAAAUGAAUUUCCAUCUAUACAGAAUUUAGGUGCUUAAUAUUAUGUUGGCGCGAAAAAAAUACUUUGAUAUUGUAAUUGAUGGUAAAAGUUAUUAGACUAUUAGACAUGUAUACAUUUUGUUGGUCGAAAAGCACAUGUAUAAGUGCUGUUAGUAACUAUUUAUCGUAUAUUGAUAAGAUUAACAGUGUGGAGAACUUGGAGUUUGACAUACAUCUGGAGUAACUGAGGAACUGGAGUCCAUAUAUGCUGGAUCUUGGACUUGAGCGUGGAAUAAUGUUGCCAACAUACUGAAAAAUGCCGCAUUUAUCUUAAUCCUAUCAUGUUUUGUACAU